UUCACUCUCUGCAUUGCAGCCUGAGCGCUGCUGCCGGAAUCCAACACAACAAUGGCGACUCCCAGUCCUGACAGCAACUCCACAAGCUCCAGCAACAGCAGCAGCAUAGUAGGAUCCACGUCGCACCAUUUUCACCAGCAGACACAGAGCAGCAGCAUGCAAGAAACCAACACCUGCUGGAGAUGUCAAAAUGAAACAGGGUUUCAGAUAAGCCUGUCUGGAGUGUCCCAAAGUAAACGUAAAGCUCUGAAGCUGAACUUCGCCAACCCUCCAGUGAAACCAGCCUCCAGGCUCCCACUCAAUCCAACACCUCCCUCUUUCCAGAACCCUCACAUAGAGCGCCUGCGGACGCACAGUAUCGAGUCGUCGGGGAAGCUGAAGAUCUCUCCGGAGCAGCACUGUGACUUCACCGCGGAGGAUCUGAGGGACCUCGGGGAGAUCGGUCGCGGGGCGUACGGCUCCGUCAACAAGAUGGUCCACAAACCCACGGGCCAGAUCAUGGCUGUCAAGAGGAUUCGCUCCACCGUGGAUGAGAAGGAGCAGAAGCAGCUGCUGAUGGAUCUCGACGUGGUGAUGAGGAGUAGUGACUGUCCCUAUAUCGUUCAGUUCUACGGCGCUCUCUUCAGAGAGGGGGACUGUUGGAUUUGUAUGGAGCUUAUGUCUACCUCAUUAGACAAAUUCUACAAAUAUGUAUAUUGUGCAUUAGAUGAUGUCAUUCCAGAGGAAAUAUUAGGCAAAAUAACAUUAGCGACCGUUAAAGCACUGAACCACUUAAAAGAAAACUUGAAAAUAAUUCACAGAGACAUCAAACCUUCCAACAUUCUAAUGGACCGAAGGGGUAACAUCAAGCUGUGUGAUUUCGGCAUCAGCGGCCAGCUGGUGGACUCCAUAGCCAAGACCAGAGAUGCAGGCUGCAGGCCUUACAUGGCGCCUGAAAGGAUAGACCCCAGCGCUUCCAGACAAGGCUAUGAUGUCCGCUCUGACGUGUGGAGCUUGGGAAUCACCCUGUACGAGCUGGCCACGGGAAGGUUCCCCUACCCCAAGUGGAAUAGUGUUUUUGAUCAGCUGACGCAGGUGGUGAAGGGUGAACCUCCCCAGCUCAGCAACUCAGAGGAGAGGCAGUUCUCCCCCAAGUUCAUCAACUUUGUUAACCUAUGCCUUACAAAGGAUGAAUCAAAAAGGCCAAAGUACAAAGAGCUUCUGAAACGUCCCUUCAUUCUGAUGUAUGAAGAGCGUUUCGUGGACGUCGCCAGUUACGUGUGUCGCAUCCUGGAUCAGAUCCCCGCCUCUCCCAUCUCUCCCAUGUAUGUGGACUGAUGGAGUCGGGCCAGGGAGUUCGGGGUGGGGGUGGGGACACUAAGCUUUGUGAUGCAACGCUUGACAUCUUAGCCCUCAGAGUUAUGUAGGAUCACCUGUUUAUUCACACGUUCCAAAGAACAGAGGAACUCAGUCUAAAUUGCCCGGUGCAAUGAGAUGAAUAUUGUUAAGCAAACCCUUCCACCUCCCAUCACCUCAUGUUAAAGUCAGUGAAAUCUAAAUAUUAUCAUCCAUCUCCACCCAGAAAAACUUGAAGACAUGACAUUGUCUUAGUAAAAUGCAAAGCAUCUGUUUAUGUGAGGAAAAAGGAAUAGAGUAUAUAUAUAUAUAUAUAUAUAUACUUGAACUCUCCAUGUACACAUAUACAGAAUCUACCAAAUAAGAUGUUGAAUAGUGACACUCAUGACGUAUGAACAAAAAUAGCCACCUAUUGGAUUGUACAUUGUGGACUGUAUGUAUGCAUAUGUUUGUUCACCUCUGAACUGUUGACAUGUACAGUGUCUGCAAUAGACCUACUGUCUAAACACACCCACACACACUCUUUCACACAGUUUGUUGUGGGCACCUUCACUCAUGGUAAAUGAGUAUGCAAAAGUGUUUUCUCUUCGGAAAGCUCAUGGAUUCGGUAGCGUGGCUUUACUUCUUUUUCCAAUAUGCAAUCUGUGAGAGUUUGUCUUGACACAUUAUUGGGACAUACACAUUUCUCACAUCCAGUGUUAGUCCCACUUUGGACCUCCUGUACGUUUUUCAUUACAUCUGAGUCACAGAGCAAAGCAUGUGGUUUUGUAAAGGAUAAAACUCUUUGUACAGCACAAGACUAACAUCAGUGUAUUCAAAUGCACCUGAUAGUAAAACAUGUUUCUUAUGUUUUACAUUGUGUCAUUUCUAGCUAUCAUUAGCAUCUUUGUUCGGAUUAGGAAAUAAAGUCUUAAAGUGUUUUUGGUUUUGUGAUCCACAUGGACAGAAGAGUCUUUGAAUAUUUUAGAAAUGCCGUUAGAACUGCAGUGACCUUCUGUGUUUUCAGAGAUCAUCAGUGAUUUAUCCUCCUUAAAAACUGCCGAGCUCCUCACUCAAACGUAAUGACAGUCCAUAAUAGGCACAAAGUGGGGCUAAUGCAGCGCUACUUUGCCUGAUGUAAAGUUACUUUAGGACAGUAUGUCCGCUGAUGUAAAUGUGUAUGUAUAUAGUACAUCUAAUCUGCUGUUCCCGGUAGGUUCUGCUUGACCGUUGAGCUCAUUCCUAAACACAGAGGGUGGGAUCAAACAGUGAGGAGCUGUGUGUCUGUGUGUUUCAGUUUGAGAAUGAGCCCUAACGCUCCUCGGCAGCCUGUCGUAGCACUGUACAGUUAAACUGCUCAUCCACACUGAUCACAGAUCCACCGUGCUGCCAUACAGAGGCAAACAGUAGUAACUGCAUUUUUCAAAGCCCUGGCAAGGGUUCCCUGUUGAGAACAAUGACACCCAGAAAUGCUGCUAAAUGACAUAAUUCUGUACCAACCACACACACACACACACACACACACACGUGUCGGGAGAGGACGAAGAUCGCUCCUCAUAGUCACUGCUCUUUGACCUGUAAGGACUCAGCAUGUUCCUCCGUGACUCGGCAUGUCUCUCUGGCUUGCACUGAUGAUAGAAUGUUUCCCACACCAAACCAUGUAUUACACUCGUGAUGCAUCUCCACAGUCUAAAGGGCUUUCCCUCACCUGGCGCCAUCCACCGGCGCUGAUAUACCCCAGUUCACCAGGUGAAGCGGAGGCCGCAACUUGAGACUAUUGAGAUCCAUCCGUCGUCAUUCCCUCUCAGAAAGCCACGUCUACCAGGCGCAACUUGGGAGUUAGCUACUAAACCAAACUGUCUGUGUGGAUGGUGGUCCUUCAAGACUGGGACACUGUAGAGACUUAUAAUGGAAUAAGUGACUUUAAAUGAUAAGGAUGGCAUCAUUUUCCUUAAAUCCCAAUAAUAUAUCAUUGAAUAUUGCCAGCUUUAUCCUUUAAUCGAGCAAAUACUAAUAAUGUAAUUUAAUGUAACAUAGCCUAUACGAUAAUAAGCCAUGAGUAUGCAGUAACCUCAGUCAACUGGUGACUUUGUCCCAUGAUGCAACAUGAUAUUGUACGUGUCUGAGUAUUACUGUUAUUGUUACUCUUUCAGCUUCAUGCGGGAAAAUACAUUUGUAGACUGUUUCCAGCACUGACUGACAUUGUCACAGUUCAAGGUUUGAUUGUAUUUUUGGCUUUGUUUUCCACUGUAUGCUUUAUUACAUUUAGUUUCAUUGCAUUAAAGGAACUGCCAUGCUUAAAGGGCCACUCCAGCCAUUUUAUCAGUGUACUUUAAUGACGAUGUGAGAGACAGAUUAACAAAGAAUGGUCCAAAUUCAUGCAGCAGAGGCUUAAAUCUCCUGACUUCUAGUCCGUUGAGUGGGGAAAGCUGCAAAACCAAAAAGACUCAUCUUGCUGACAUCAUCAGGUUAUUUUUUCUAAGACUUGACAAAGCUCCUCCAGAGCCACAGAAGACCGUAUACAAGUGUUGAAUAGUACGCCUGAUGACCGCUUAAUUGACAUAUGUGUAAAAUUCCCUGGAGUUCCCCUUUAAUGUUUGCUUUAAGAUUCUGUGACAUAGGCCUCUACAGAUGUCAGCCAUGUUGGAAAAUGGCCACCAUCAUCGUUAAGGCUUGGGGACAGACUUGCUGGAUUAUUGGGACGGGGGUAAAACUCAAUGCAACCAAGUCGGUGGAGAUGCAGUGUAGACCGGAGGUGAUUCUCAAACAGAGAAUCACGUCGGCUCUGUUUUUUUCCCCCAUUUCUGUACCGGGAAAUGGUGCAAAGCCCUGAGAGAGCCCACGGUGUCAUGUGACACAACAGACAGAGCCGCUUCACUGCAGACCGUCUCCACGUCAGAUCGUCUUUUAUGGGAUACAUUUCCAGGAAGCUAACUUGCCACUGGUGACAUGAAUCUCCAGGGUACAUGUUGUACAAAUUGCAAUUUACUAGAAUGUUCAUAUUAGAUUAUAAGAUAAUAUUAUGGGCGAUGAAUAUUAUAUUGUAUCUUUAUCAAGGGUUACAAAUAAAGUUCCCAUGGAAAAGAUCAAAACGCUGUAUUGUGUGCUUCUUGUGAAUUGAACAUGAAUAAAAAGUAACUGCGGAAAUGAUUUUGCUGUGA